AUGUCUCCUCCUUCUACAUCUUCGACGCCAAAUGCCCCAGGCCAUGUUCGCGGGAAAUCUCUUGGCACUACCCUCAGUCCCGGCAGCAGCGACACCAAGCAAGGACAUGUGCGGAACGUGUCCAAGGGGGACACCCCACAGUCCAAUACAUUCGCUCCCUCUUUCAUCAAGAGUGACGAGAUGAGGCAGAGAUCCGACGUCGUGGACGGCAUAGAAGGCGAAAAUGACUUCUCAGGGAAGAGAUAUGUCUGGCUUAAGGACCCCCAAACGGCUUUUGUGAGAGGAUGGGUGGUCGAGGAUCUUGGUGGCAAUCGCAUAUUAGUCCAGUGUGACGAUGGAAGCCAACGCGAGGUCGACGCCGAGAGCGCCGACAAGGUCAAUCCGGCAAAAUUCGACAAGGCCAGCGACAUGGCCGAGCUGACCCAUCUGAACGAGGCGUCCGUUGUACACAACCUCCAUAUGAGGUACCAGUCUGACCUGAUCUAUACGUACUCCGGCCUGUUUCUGGUGACAGUCAACCCGUACUGCCCCAUACCCAUUUAUACCAACGAAUAUGUCAACAUGUACAAAGGCCGAAACCGGGAGGAUACGAAACCACAUAUCUUUGCUAUCGCCGACGAAGCCUUUCGCAACCUUGUUGACGAAGGGGAGAAUCAGAGUGUUCUCGUCACGGGAGAGUCUGGUGCCGGAAAGACAGAAAAUACCAAGAAGGUCAUUCAGUAUCUCGCCGCCGUGGCGCCUUCAGAAUCAUCUUCAAGGAAUCGAGGCCAGCAGUCGAACCUCUCUGCACAGAUUCUACGCGCCAAUCCUAUACUGGAAGCUUUCGGCAAUGCGCAAACAGUGAGGAAUAACAAUUCGUCCAGAUUUGGUAAAUUCAUACGCAUAGAGUUCUCUCGCAACGGCAUGAUUGCAGGCGCCUUCAUCGACUGGUACCUCCUCGAAAAGUCUCGUGUAGUCCGCAUCAAUCCGAACGAGCGGAACUAUCACGUCUUCUACCAACUACUCAAGGGAGGUGACAGGCAGUUAAAGCAAGAAUUUCUGCUCGAUGGGCUCGAUGUCGAUGACUUUGCUUAUACUCGAGAAGGCCAGGACACCAUCGCGGGUGUUUCUGAUCGGGAGGAGUGGAACGCUCUGAUGGAAGCUUUUGAUGUGAUGGGCUUCUCGGAUAAAGAACAGAGUUCCGUUCUCCGAACAGUGGCCGCUGUUCUGCAUCUCGGGAAUAUCACCGUGAUGAACGAGAGCCGCACGACUGACCAGGCUCGACUUGCGGCGGACGCUAAGCAGGUGGCGGAACGUGUUUGCAAACUCUUGGGAAUCCCGUUGGAGCCUUUCCUCCAAGGUUUGCUCCACCCCAAGGUGAAGGCUGGGCGCGAAUGGGUCGAAAAAGUACAGACUCCUGAGCAAGUGCGGCUUGGCCUCGACGCCCUCUCGAAAGGCAUCUACGAACGAGGUUUCGGCGACCUUGUCACAAGAAUCAACCGACAGCUGGACAGAACAGGAAUGGGGAUGGACGAGUCUCACUUCAUCGGUGUUCUCGAUAUUGCCGGUUUUGAGAUUUUCGAAGAGAACAGCUUCGAGCAGCUUUGCAUCAAUUACACCAACGAGAAGCUGCAGCAGUUUUUCAACCAUCACAUGUUCGUUCUCGAGCAAGAGGAAUAUGCUCGGGAGCAGAUCGAAUGGCAGUUCAUUGAUUUCGGUCGCGACUUGCAACCGACCAUCGACCUGAUUGAGCUUCCAAACCCCAUCGGCAUUUUCUCGUGCCUCGACGAGGAUUGCGUGAUGCCAAAGGCGACGGACAAGACCUUCAUGGAGAAAUUGCACUCAUUGUGGGACAAGAGGUCCAACAAGUAUCGGGCAUCAAGACUUCGAAACGGAUUUGUCCUCACGCAUUAUGCAGCCGAAGUAGAAUACUCUACAGAAGGAUGGCUGGAGAAGAACAAGGAUCCAUUGAACGACAACAUUACCCGAUUACUGGCGGCUUCAACGGACAAGCAUGUCGCGAAUUUGUUUGCUGAUUGUGCAGAUCACGAUGAUGAAGCGGUCGCCGUACGAAGCAGAGUGAAAAAGGGCCUGUUCCGCACGGUCGCCCAAAGGCACAAGGAGCAGUUGUCAAGCUUGAUGGCUCAAUUACACUCGACGCAUCCUCAUUUCGUCCGUUGCAUUCUCCCCAACCACAAGAAGCGGCCAAAGCAAUUCAACAAUCUCCUUGUCUUGGAUCAAUUGAGAUGCAACGGUGUCUUGGAAGGCAUCCGGAUAGCACGCACGGGUUUCCCCAACCGACUUCCCUUUGCCGAAUUCCGUGCGCGAUACGAGGUGCUGUGCCAGGACAUGCCCAAGGGCUAUCUUGAAGGUCAGGCAGCUGCCGCAAUGAUGCUCGAGAGGCUCAAGAUGGACAGAGCUCUGUACCGAGUCGGGUUAAGCAAGGUCUUCUUCAGAGCUGGCGUGCUCGCGGAGCUUGAAGAACGGCGUGACGCGCUCAUCUCGGAGAUUAUGGCACGCUUCCAGUCCGUCGCCCGUGGCUUCACUGCACGGAGACUUGCCUACAAACGCCUGUAUCGCACUGAGGCGACGAGAGUCAUCCAGCAGAAUUUCAGGGUCUAUCUUGACCUUUGCCAAAAUCCGUGGUGGCAGCUCAUUGUGAAAAUGAAGCCUUUGCUGGGUGCAACUCGAACUGCAACUGAGGUCAAGAAGCGAGAUGAGAUGAUCCGUCAUCUCCAUGAUCAAAUGCAGCAGGAAUCAGCCAACCGGCAGAAGCUCGAGGAGGACCGACGAAAUGUUCAUACAGAAAUGAUGCGCAUUCAGCAGACGCUGGAGAGCGAGCGCGCCCUGGCCCUAGACAAAGAGGAGAUCUUCAAGCGUCUUCAACAGCGUGAGGCCGAACUAGAGGACAAGCUAGCUGGUGCCAUUGAAGAUGCCGAGAAGCUCGAAGACGAACUCGAUGAUCUCCUUGAAGCCAAGAAGAGAGCCGAGGAGGAUGUCGAGAAGUUCCGUGGCCAGCUAGAGCAGGCUGCCGCCUUGAUUGGUCGGUUGGAGGAAGAGAAAACCGAGCUGGCCGGGCGCAUAUCAGACCUCGAGCGCGCAAUCGAAGAUAUUUCGAACAGCCAGCAUGAGCGAACUGAGCAGGAAGCCGCCAUGGAGGAAGAGAUCCAGAUGCUCCAAAGCCAACUCGCACUGAAGGAGAGGAAAACACGCGAUCUGGAAGGCAAGCUUCUGGAGAUCGACCAAGAUGCCGAGGUGAAGCUCCACAAGGCUGAAAAGGAGCUGCAGUCCUACAGGGCCAAACAGCAGCAACUCAUGGCCGAGAACCGAGAUGCCCAACAACAGCUUUCGGCGCUGUCCAAGACCUCAACGGAUUACGAAGACCUAGUGCGUAAGAAAGAGAGCGAACUGGCUCUGCUCCGUGGGGACAACAAGAAGUACGAGAUGGAGAGACGAACGUUCGAGGACCAGCGCAAAACCCUUGCUACCGAGAAAGAUAAAGCAUCCACUCGGAUGCGAGAGGUGCAAGCUCAACUUGACGCUCUCAAGGCUCAGCAGUCGCAAGUCCAGAGAGAAGCUGAAGAUGCAAAGAAGCUCUUGCAAGCCAGGCUAUCUGAAGAUAGCCAAGCAGACCAAAAUCGCCAAUUGUUGGAGUCCCAGAUCAAAGACCUCAAGGAUGAGCUGUAUGAGGCUCAAAUGGAACUUAGUAGGGAGCGGCAGUCCCGCGACGAUGUACUUUUGCUUAGUGAGCACAAGUAUAAUGAGCUUCAAGAGGAGUACGAACAACUCAACGAAGCGAAAAUUGUCAUCGAGAAAGAGCUUUACGCAGCGCAGGAUACUUUGAGACGGGCAAUCGAUGCUCGGGCCACGGCUGAGAAAGAACGUGACGAUGCGCGGCAAGAAAUUCGAAAACUCAGAGCUGCCUACAGCCAGGCAGAGGAAGCGAGGCGCGAGGCUGAGGUUGCUGGCGAGCGCGCUGCCUCCAAACUCGCUAGAGAACGAGAAGAUAGCUUGCGAAAGGACUUGGACGCAGCACAAGACCGACUGAAGUGGUUCGAGGACGAAUGUGCCAAGCUGAAUCAUCAAGUUGAAGACCUCAAUAAGCUGAUCCUAUCCUCCGGAGAAUUCGGCUUGAAGAACGACCAGGCAAAGGAACGGAUGGAGAGAGAGCUUCAUACCGUGAAGAGUCGUCUUACAGCGUCUGAAAACGACAAUCGUGCAUUGCUCAACAAGCUUCAGCAAAAGGGUCUGGAAAUUGCUCGGUCUAGUUCAAGAGCAAGUGAGGCUUCUCGCGGACAAGUCAACGUUCUUCAUCGCGAGAAGGCCAGGCUGGAGGAACUGAACACCAAGCUCAACAAGCAGCUUGGGGAGUCACAAGUCAACGCCGCGGCUCUGGAAAAGAAGCUCGAGAAAGCUCAGCUCAACCUGGAGGACCUCAACCACGAAUUUCAACGCGAGGUCAAAUCUAAUCGCAAUGCUGAGAAAUCGACGUCAAAUUUCAAUGUUCAACUGGCGGAGGCGAAUCGGAAUGUCGAGUCUGAGAGGCAACUGAGAACUCAGGCCCAAGGCACCGUUCGAACACUCCAAGCAACAAUCGAUUCUCGUGACAAGGAGUUGCAGGAGCUUCGGUCCCAAAUGCUGCGAGCGCUGAAGGUUGUUGACCCGGAGUCUGCACCCCCGGUCCAAGUCGACGGUACUACUGAGCGUGUUUUCAGCGAGAAGUACGAUCUGGUCAGGAAGAUCGAAGAACUUCAGCAGAAACUCAGAGUACAGACAGCAGCAAGAGCUGGCGCGGAGUCUCAGCUGGCCGAGUUUAGGGCUGGACGAAUGUCACCUGAGCGGCCACGCCUCGGUGAGAUUGAUCUAAACGAAGCACCUUUCGAUAUGUCGCCUUCCUACCGAAAGUCAAAGACCAAUGGGCGGAGGAUCUCCAACUCAUCUACCCCAUCGCGGCGUUUCACCAAUGAUGGCGAGCCAGGCAGCGACUCGGUCCGUUCUGAGAAGACUGCUGACAUCUUGAGCUUCAACAACCGCAUGGACCUAAAGGCUGAGAUUGAAGAGCUCCAAAACCAGCUGCAGAUCACCCAGAUGCAGAAUCGUCAUUUGCAGAGCCAACUCGAGCGUUCAGGCACAGAGCUUCCUGAUUACGACGGGGAAUCCCCGUCGCUCCAGCGGGUCAAGAAACUCGAGGAAGCCAACGGCCGUCUUCACAGUCUACUGGACGAUUCUUCCAAAAAGGUGUCUGCUUUGGAGAAAGCGCUCCGCACUGGUGAACUGUCCCUUCGCGAUAUCCAGACGAGAUCACACGAGGAGAUUCUUGACUUGCUGAACAACACAGAAGAGUCCAGGCGUUCGCUCCUGCACAGCCAUAGGGACGCAGUCGCAGAGCUAACGGACGUCAAGGUGCACUAUGACAAGCUCAGGCAUGACCGCGCCACGCUUGAGGUGGAUCUGCGUGACGCCAGGGGUGACCUGCAAGAGAUGACGCAGGCACGAGAGCAGGAGGCAGCAAGUCGCAAUCAGCUUCUGCAGGAGUUUUCUGAUCUCCAGAUAAGGUUGGACGCAGAAACAUCCAAACUUGCUGAUGUGACAGCCAGCCUGAACCUGUACAAGAGCCGCGCGGACGAAUACUUCAGUAAACUAGAGCAGGCCGAGAUUGCGGUUCUCAAGGCGAAUCGGGCGGAGCAAUUCGCAAAAUCUCAGGCUAAGGAGGCCGAAGACACGUAUGCUGAGGUCAUGGCGGAGCGCAAGAAGAUGGACCAGAUGGUCGAAGAUCUGCAGCGUCAAAAUCAACGACUGGACGAGAAGGUCGAGGACAUGUCGACAGACCUGGAGGCAGCAACGCAGGCAAAGAGGAGACUGCAACACGAGCUUGAGGACUAUCGGAAUCAGCGCGCUAAUGACAUCGAGGAUACCGAGUCGAGCUUGGAGCAGACCCGCAAGAAGUAUCAAGCCGAGUUCGCCACACUCACCAAGGAGCUUGACCUGGCUCGGGAGGAAAAGCUCUUCAAGCAGGCAGAAAUCACUCGCCUCCGCGAGGAGCUGGACGAGCUUCGGUCCAAGUGGGACGACGAAGUCCUCAACAGCUCCACCUGGUCUAAGGAGAAGUCGCGGCUCGAGUCCACCCUCGCGGACGUCUCUGCCUCGCGUGAAGAAGCUGUCAACGCGCACAACGAAGCGCAGGGCAAGAUUGUCAACCUUCUCUCGCAGGUGCGGUCGUUGCGGUCAUCGGUCGACGAGGUCACUGGCGAACGAGACGCCCUGUUCCGGGAGAAGCGAAGCAUCGAAGCAAGGCUGGAGGAAGCCAAGGCCGGUCUCGAGGAACUUGCCAAGGGCGAGAGCCCGUCGCUUCGAGAUGCAGCCAGCAUCGACAAGGAGAUCCUCGAGCUCAAGUCGAGUCUUGCGCAACAGGAGGAUGUCGCCGCGGCAGCGGUGGAGAAGAUGCGCCGGGCCGAAGCUCUGGCAUCCGAGGUCCAGAAGGAUAUUGUGGUUGAGCGGGAGUCAAGCGUGCAGCUGUCCAAGGACAAGGCCGCACUUGAAAAGACGCUCAACGAGGUCCAAGUCAGGCUUGUGGACCUUGAGACCAAGGGCUACUCGAGCGCGAGCCAGGAUAUCAAAUUUCUGCACAAACGCAUCCAAGAGGCAAGUACACCGGGUCCACCUAUUCCCCGCCUUGAGCUCCCAUCACCGCCGGAUGACAACGCCACUAACAGUUCCCAGCUCGAGAACCAGCUUGAAGCACAGGAGGAUAGUCGUGCGAAAUCACAGCGGUCCAACCGCAACGUGGAUCGCACGGUCAAGGACCUUCAGACCCAGAUCGACCGCAAGGACAAGCAGAACACGCAGAUGCAGGAGGAUCUGGGCCGGAUGCGCGACAAGAUCGACAAGCUCCUCAAGACGAUCGACGAGCUGCAGUCAUCGGAGUCGGCCAACCAGCUGCAGGCCCGACGUGCGGAAAGGGAGCUGAGGAGCGAACAAGAGAAGGCGGCCAGGCUGGAGCGGGAACUCGAGAGCUGGAAGACGCUGCGGUCUGAGAAAGGGUCUGUGCUGGGCAGCGUGGCCGGCAGCAUAAUGAGCGGGCGCGGCGGCAUGACAAGGUCAGGCACGUUGGCGACUAUGAGGAGCUCGGGGCUGGCGAGCGUGGCGGACGAGGACGAGAGCGCGGAAAGCCAUGUCACGAUUCCCCAGAGGAAGAGCAGCAUUAGUCGUGUGCCAAGCCUGACGAAGGGAUUCUUGUAG